AUGGCUGCGGCGCCCGUUAGUGCAGGUGUCAGUCAUCAGCCUGCAAGAGAUAUCACCCAGACCUCUAGCCAAUUGGCAGACAGCAAAUCAACGAUCAUAUCCUCAUCUAGUGAGCCCCCCACGCCGCACUCCAAGCCUAUCGCGAUUGAACUGCCUCAAUCCCUCUCGCGCAAGAUUGCGUCCAGUUCUGCCUACACCCCCAUUGAGCCUCUAUCCGCCCGCGGCGAUAUCUCAGGUGGUUACUUUCCGUUCCACGAAGACCCUGACGAGCGAAUUCAUCGUCCACACCCUUUCCACGAGGCUGCAAAGGCGGCCAAACGUGCCUCUGAAGAGUGGCAGCACGAGGAUCCUCAGGCCAGCAGUACUCAGGCCAGCAGCGCACAGGCCGGUGGUGAAGCUUUCGCAGCCACCACAGCGAGUGUGAGCCGGUCUUCGGUCCCCAAGCCCACCGUGUCCAAGUCAAACUCAAAGGCCCAUCACUCGAAAGUGAGCUCGGUCAAGAUGCCUCCAUCGCGGGGUACCGGUCACAACACUCCCGUCACAUCAUACAACCCAGGCGGUUUGGGCGACAUCCCCAUUCCUUUGGGGAAGUAUUACCCAAGUAAUUAUGAAGCCGCAAGGGCACGGAAGCAGGGCCAAUCUUCCUCUCCCUCCCGCACACAAACUUCCCGAAGCAGCCUUCGACCGCCCUUCACCGCCGACACCACGCCUUGCAUCAAAUCAGACACCGCCGUGCCGCAGGUCAAUCGGCCAGAUGCACCACGAGAACGAUCCGACUCGGAGGCGAAGCGAAGACUGCAGCAGUAUCAGCGCGAUAUGGUUGCGCAGGCUACCCAAGCCGCACGACACCUUGCCAAUUCUAAUGGUGCAUCAGCGACUCUCGCCUCGGUGCAUGGUGUGACCUUGCAGAAAUUCAUCAAGGGACCGCAUGGGCCUAUCUCCCCGCGCCUGCAGCCCCUCGGUAGUCCUGGACCGGUCACCCCCAUGGACCUCGAGAAUCAAGGCGGCGACGGUGGAUACCUUGCGCGCGGCCGGGCUGUCCCAAGCCCGGAUGCUGGUCGCGAGAUGGAGGCUAUAGCUCGGGCCAUGAAGGCCGAGGACGAGCGAAGGCGUCGAGAGGGCAGAAGCUCUCCGGCCGUCGAGGCGGGUGGAUUCCUCUUCUGAGGGGCCUCAUAUAUUCCCGAGAACUGCCCCAUACUGUCACCAUCUCAUUUGUAUCAUCUUCACUAUCGUUUCAUUUUUUUUGUGGAGUUUUGGUUUAGUUCUUUACGCCGCGAUCCUCCUUCUGGUCUUACUUAUAAGGCAUCUAUCGAUUCUGGAAAUCCGCAACGGGGUAUGCAACUAUCUCCAGUGGCGCUGGGAACUCACCAGACAACGCAACGACAUUCACAGGCGUCAACGGGUCCAGACAAACAUGAGGAACUGGACACUAAAUUCUUCUUCGGUCAGCACCACGGGGUUCAUGGAUACAACCCAGCGAUUGAUCAUUUCUUAAGAUACCCGAAGCGUGCAUUGUACCCAGGAUAGACGGCAGCGAUAUCACUUGAAAAGGCAACAAUUACAAAGUGAUCGCACGACGACAUGACUACAUCUGGACAG